GCGUGAGCCCCCCCCCCCCGCGUUCCCAUUGCAAGCGGCGGCGUCGCCGCCAUCUGUCGCACAGCGGCAGGCAGGAUGCGCGCGUGGCCCCCGUCGUGGCGAUGGAUCAUGCUGAUCCUGUUGGCGUGGGGCUCCCUGCUCGUCUACAUGGGCGGCCACCUCAUCCGAGACCCCGAGAUGGGCGAGCACUCGAGCCGAGAACUUUCCAAGAUCAUGGCCAAGCUGGAACGGCUCAAGCAGCAGAAUGACGAUCUGCGGCAGAUGGCCGAAGCCCUGCGGGUCUCCGAGCAGCAGGGAGAGCCGGUUGUGCCGUCCAGUCCCCAGAGAGUCAAGGGCCUCGAGGAGCGCCUUGCACAAGCCCAGAUGGAGCUCAGCUUCUACAAAGAGAAAUACCAGCAAGAAAAUGCAAAGCAGGCGUCGGAAGUCGGCCCCGCCGUGAGCGCCGCGGCCGCGGCCGCGAGGAUCCCCGCCGGCCCUGGGACGGACCACGAGCUGCUGCGGAGGAAGAUUGAGAACGGCAUCAAGGAAUUCUGGUUCUUCGUGCGUAGCGAGCUGAAGAAGAUGCAGCACGACGCCGGCGAUCACUCCAAGGAGAAGAUAACCAUGAUGCUGCAGGACAUGGGUCAUCAACAGAGGUCGAUCAUGACGGACCUGUUGAAGCUGAGCGAGGCGGACGGGGCGGCCGAGUGGAGGGCCCGGGAGGCCAAGGACCUCUCCGACCUGGUGCAGCAGAGGUUCCACUUCCUGCAGAACCCGAAAGACUGCCGCACGGCACGCAAGCUGGUGUGCAACAUCAACAAGGGCUGCGGCUACGGCUGCCAGCUGCACCACGUCGUCUACUGCUUCAUGAUCGCCUACGGCACGCAGCGCACCAUGAUCCUCGAGUCCAGGGGCUGGCGCUACAGCCCCAAAGGCUUCGAGAAGUUCUUCCAGCCCGUCAGCGAGACGUGCAGGGACCGCUCUGGGAAGAGCACAGGCCACUGGUCCGGAGAGGCGAAUGACCGUGACGUGCAGGUCGUGGAGCUGCCGAUCGUGGACAGUCUCCACCCCCGGCCCCCUUACCUGCCUCUGGCCGUGCCGGAGGACCUGUGGGAGCGCGUCUCACGCCUGCAUGGCGACCCCUCCGUGUGGUGGGUUUCCCAGUUCAUCAAGUUCUUGGUGCGACCGCAGCCUCAGCUUGAGCAAGAGAUUCAACAGAACGCGGAGAAGAUGGGCUUUGAGCAUCCCAUUGUCGGGGUUCACGUGCGGCGCACGGACAAGGUGGGCACGGAGGCGGCGUUCCACGCCAUCGAGGAGUACAUGAGCCACGUGGAGGAGCACUACGAGCUGCUGGCUCGCAGCGCCCCGGUGGAGGUGAAGCGUGUCUACCUGGCCACCGACGACCCGGGCCUGCUCGCCGAGGCCAAAGCCAAGUACCCGAGUUACGUGUUCAUCAGCGAUAACGCCAUCUCACGCUCGGCCGGCCUGCAGAACCGCUACUCGGAGCAGUCCCUCAUCGGGGUCAUCAUGGACGUGCACUUCCUGGCACACAGCGACUUCCUCGUCUGCACCUUCUCCUCCCAGGUGUGUCGCGUGGCAUAUGAGAUCAUGCAGACCCUGCACACGGACGCGUCCGCCUCGUUCCGUUCGCUCGACGACAUCUACUACUUCGGGGGGCAGAACGCCCACAACCAGGCGGCGGUCUACCGCCACGAGCCGCGCUCGCCCGACGAGAUCGCCCUGGAGCCGGGCGACACGGUGGGAGUGGCGGGUAACCACUGGGACGGAUACUCCAAGGGGGUGAACCGUCGCACGGGCCGAAUGGGACUCUACCCCUCCUACAAGGUGCAGGAGAGGGUGGAGGUCGUCAAGUACCCCUCCUACCCCGAGGCCGACCGGAUACGUCUGCAAAAGCAGCACUAGCAGUCGAGCAACAGGCGGGGGGGGGGACCGUCACCGUCCAGCAGCAGCAGCAGCGAGAGACUGCGUUACCCGGAAUCGCGAGUUGUAAUUGAAGAAUCAAAAGACAGACGAGAGAGAGACUGCAUUCUGUGAAUGAAUUUAAACAAAAGACUACCAUGAAAUGAAGAAAUAAACUACUGCUGGCGAUGCUGUUUACUUGCUAUUGCUUUGUAUUUCAUUGGCAGUCUUAAGGCAAGUCUUGUGGUAAGCGCGCCAGGCGAUUUGCAUUUGUGACAAGACUGAUGAGCAUUUGGAAGUAAUUUUUCAGCCUUUAUAAUCACGAGUGCAAAGUGCAGCUCCGGAAUUGCCACUUAAACAGUUAGGUUGUUUGUGGUUCACUGUUAUUUGUUAUUUUUUUGUCAAGAACUGUGUCUGUAAAGCUUUAACCUGGCUGUCUUGUGUUACGUGAGGGAUGGGGGGGUGUGUUGGACGAGUUGAUCAUUAUCUGGGCUUGUAAACUUGUUACAUUCCUUUAUCAAACACCAUGCAUCUCCAACACUUGGGUUUUGUUGUUAAGUUCAAGGCAGAGAUAGUACCUCAGGGUGCAGCUGGCAGGCUGCCUGGGUGUCCGACUGUGUCGCAAGGCAAGCAGGCGGGGUGGGUACAUUCGUGUGGGAGACGCGUGGUGAGAGUCGUGUGGGAGCAGACGUGACGCACUCCCUCCGUGGUGGGAGCCCGCACGUCCAAAUAGUCCUUCACCUGGGCCUAAUACAGCCUGAUCAGGAGAAACCAGCUCGCUACUUUGCCCGAUUAUAGAUCGUAAUCCUUGUAAAGCACACAUUCAUCAUGAGAACAUUACCUCAAUUUUGUACUUGUGCGAGAUGUCUGCGUGCAAUUCGACACACGCGCUACUCCCGAUUGCUGCAAUUAUCGCCACAGCGCGGACAAAAAAGAAGCAGAGGCAGCGGGAUCGUGACUGCACGGCGUUUCCCCUCGAUCGGUUGUCUUCUCCCUUUGUGAACUUUGCCUUCGCCGGAUCCGGCGUGCGACGAGCCACGUGCAAGAGAGGUGUCCCAAACUUGCCUGGUGUAACAGUUUGAUCCGUUUUGGCAAGUUGAGUAGUCUUUGGUUUGGUUAAAGGUGUUUGAAGUCACCGUUUGAGGACAUCGUACUACAGCCUGCUCAAUAUUUUCUGUGGCCUUUUACACAGCAUUUGUUCAGCCUUAAAGUGCCAUCUUUAGCAGCUGCAAAAAGAGAAUGGAUUUACGUGCAAUGCCCGACAGAGCCACUGUCUUGGGCUCGCUGCGAAGGACUGCAGGUUAGGAGGUUACCGUUGUUAAUUCUUUCUUUCACUGGCGAAAUUAACACGGGAGAAUAAUUUGUUUGCAAAAUUUCCUAAAUAUACAACUUAAACAAUAUCCACUCUUUUGCCCAACUAAUUCCAAUCAAAUGGCAACAGACAUACUGUAUAUUUCAAACAUGAAGAAAGUCCUAUCUUUCGUCAUGAAUAUCCAUUUGUGCUUGAUAAUGGGUAAGUUGUUGAGAAUGUGUGGUUCUCUCUAAGGGCCGAUUAAACUUUAUGCUGAAUGAAUGAUUCAUAGUGCUACUUAUACCGCAUUUAAUGGUCAAAAUGUAAAUAUUGAAGUCCCAAUAUGAAAGCUGUUCGUCCUACGGCUCACGUUCACUGCAGUUUCCCCUCUGUGGAAAUAUCGUAGAAUAGGAGCUUUUCUCAUCGUGCCGGCACCGGCAUUGGGCAUUGUGAGACGUGCCGGCACGUUUACACCACUGCGUCAUUUCUGACAGCAGGAGGGAAGCGAGCAAGCCGGGUUAGCGAGCUCGGCGCGUGACCUUGGCCCCGAGUAGCACGCCGCGGCCUCACUGGGUCGACCCCGGUACCCAAACCCCCAUCGAUUUCCCGGGCCACGUGGCUCCCUCUCAGAAGAAGCACGUUUGCACAAUGUCACCCCUGGCCGCUCUCAGAGCCAGACGUCACGGCGGGUGGGGCGGCGGGGGGGAGAAACUUGAUAAUGAGAUGUGUAGUCAGUGGUGUCCCUCGCUUCGCUUCACUUUUCGGAAUGUGUCUUGGUUUAGAAAAAAAGGCAACAAAUAUUGUAAGCGUGUGUUAACCUCACACAAGCUUAAGUUAAAACAUGUAUGCUCUUUGCCUCCUGCUGCUAAGGGCAGGGAAAGGGUGCAGGUGCAGUGGAGAUGGAGCAGGAAAGGGCCCCUGAGCCCUUUGAGCAAUUGUUGACACACAAAGGCCUCAGCUGGGCCCCAACCUGGGCCCGACCUGGGCCCGACCUGGUUCCGACUUGGGCCCUCCGAGACCAUUGCGCAGUGGUCCUGGAGAUGCAGCACGAUUGACUCCUCGUUGCAACAUAGAAAUGUGACCUUGUGCAAGAACAAUUUAUCCAUUCGGUAACAAUGAGAAUCUCGUUUAAUGUGCUCCACUGUCACAAGACUUUUGGUUUGUGUUGCCAAUAGACGAUUACAUUCACUGGAUGAUUUUAUUUCUCCUAAUGUGUUAUUUUAACAAUUAUGUUAUCUUCAUGGUUAUCCUAACCAGGCAUUACAGAUCCGAGCAAUCUACAUUGUUUGGAGGAUAAGGGUAGCACUUGGACUCUCUGGUUAAAUUUACUCAAGUUGCCCGGAGCCCAUUUCACUCUCCGUAACAAACUAUUGAAUGCUGCAAUUCCCCCCCCCCCCUCCGUCGUCACUCAUGACACGUGACAGUCCUCCCACAGAACAUCCAGAAUUGUAAUCGUCCCUGCAGGAGUUGGUUGUCUUGUACAAGAAUUGUUCUCACCAACCUGGCCAGGGAUAACUCGCGCGGAAUACCUUCAGCAAGGACGAAUCUCGAUUGCAUCUCUCUUCACCACUUUGAUUUUAUUUUGCGUGCUGUUUGUUCAACACCUGUAACACAGAUCAUCGCCUCUAAAGCUGUACACUUCUAUUAGGAAGUCUGCAACAAAGACACUCGGUCAUGUAAGCAAGGGUCGCAUACCUGGUUCAUAGCUUAAAACAAAAUAUGCAUUUGUUCCACGAUUCUGUCAUCGGAGGCCUGAAAUAAACGUGAACAAUCAUUUUUGACGGGCUAAAAAAUGGAUGUUAUCAGAAACACAAUAAUUGUAAGUAGAUUAAUUGAUAUUAAAUCAAUUGCAAUAUUUAAUAGCAAGUUAAAAUACCACCUAAUUCGCAUAAACUUUAAUAAUUGGAAAGAUUUCAAUGCAUUCAAACGUGCUUAGAUUUGUUUCGCCACAAAUACCAAGUUUGUAAUCAUCUUUUAUGUUAAAGAUUUCUUCUAACGAGUUAACGUCCCCAUUCCAGGUAAAACGCAUUAAUCAGUGGAAAAUUACCCAUUCAGAUGUCUCAGCAAGUCUGGAGUGUUUCAAUUGGCACUUUUAAAAUUGAGGCUAUAAGUGUAUUCCAACUGCUACUGAGUAGGACUAUAUUUUACAUUAAAUGUGAUUUAAAAGGCCAGGUGGCUCAAUGGUAUAGUGAGCGUCUCUGGGGAUUGAGCCGGCCCAUCAUCUCUCCGUGCCAAUAAAAUAAAGUACCACUUUGUGGGGAAGUCGACAAUGGCUGUCAAAUGGAUAACCCCCCCCCCCCCCAGCACUUGUUCAGGGGUGUAAACAGGAGAUGAGCACCAAUUUAUCUAUGCUCAUUUGAGCAGGAAAUCACUUUGACUUGUAUUGAACACUGAAAUCAUGCAGCAUUUUACGUAAGAGCAUGAGCCGUUUCUCUAGUAAACCGCAUCGACCCCAAGUAUUACCCGGACGCCUAAAUCACCCUAGAAACUGAGGUACAACAAUAUUCGGACAACCCAAGUGUGGCGCCGCGAGCUGACAUUCACUGAAAUGUUUUAUUUCCUGUUGGCACAGACGGUUCCCGUGCGUCUGCACGUGAUCCUUAUGGCUGUACCCUGGGGUACCAAAUAAUACAAACUGGCCGAGGCAAUUAGGGUAAAUAUUUUAUUUCUGGGACACUAUUUUUUUUCCAGGGGUGUUACUUAACUCCGCGACUGGGGUAACCAAUCAAUCCGAAAUGAGUGCCACACUCCGCGAUGUCGAAACGCGGCGAGGACGAUUGCGCCGAAACCCUGAACGCUCGCACACACCGUGGUGGUGGUGCAUCGUGUACAGCUCGUCGAGAUGAGUCGAUUGCCGCAUCGCCGACCAUCGACAGACUAAACGUGACUGCAUCACGGACAUUAUGCAAGAGCCGGGGUACUAUGGAAUCCCGGGGGUACUGCCAUAAGGUUCGUAUGUUCCCAUCUGCAGUGGUGAUGUCUAUAAAUAACACAAGGGAACCUUUUUAAAAUCUGCUUCUCUUACCGUGCUGCCGAAAACAUUUUCCAAACCGCUUGGCGCUCAAAUAUUCCAGCUAAAAAUGUUGCAGCUAAUGGACUUGCUCCAAUAUUGGCAUUUAUUUUUGUACUAGUUUUGCACAAUUACAUCACAGAAGCUAUACUGAGUGUUGUUGCGUCAUUGUUCAGAAUUAGACCAGACCCGCGUGUUCCAGUGUGUUGUGACAUGCCGUCCAACAGUCACCAAAUAUACACACCUCGCUUGGUUGUAUUUCCUGGAUGCAUUUUGGAACCUUUGCUACUUUCUGGCCUGUAUAUCUACAUUUGAAAACCACCCAAAUGCCUGUCCAAGGGUCACUGUACAAAAGGGAACGUUCAUGAUAAUUGUCAUUGCUGCAAAAUUAAUGUUUUCCUCUGUGUAAAUUCUACUUUUAUUUUAAAUGAUUCCACUAUGAUUUUUCUGUGCUAUCGAAUAGAACGUGAUUUUUUCAUGUCUUGGUGAACAAUUAAAUAAGUUAAACAGGC